AUGACCCAACAUCUCGAGUUCCGGACAGUACUCAUAAAAUGCUAUAACCUGUGUGAGCUCCACGCUGACUUGCAGCCGGGCUCCAAUCAAAUCCAAGUAACUGCCACUCUGGACUCAUCUUAUGACAUUCACGCCUUUGCUUGUAAAGGGCAUAGCACAUUCGACCUCACUCCUUACGUAGGGGUCCGCAACAGUAUGCUAUUCUGGGACGACACUGGGGGUCAGAAUCGCCAGUAUAAAGGCUUCCAAAAGGUGUGGGUCGAAAAGAGUCAUGAACGGCAAACUUUGGAGGUAGAAUUUGAUGACUCGAGGACGCAUUUUCUCCGUCUUGACAAUCGUCUUGAUGUCGUCCCAUAUUACGACCCAGUCUCGAAACUAUCCUUCCUUCGUCUUGGUUUGAAGCCCAAACGAUCCAAGCGCUCGAUCGUAUUAUGUUUUGACGGGACCGCUAAUCACUUCAGCAAACAAAAUACAAAUAUUGUCAAGAUGAUGGAGCUUUUGAAGAAAAGCAAUCCAUCUGAACAAGUGUUCUAUGCCAAGGUGAUUGAUGGAUACAGAUAUUUGAUGGACACAUAUCAAGAGGGGGACCAGAUCAGUAUUUUUGGAUUCUCUCGAGGCGCCUAUACUGCACGGGCACUUGCGGGAAUGUUGCAUGCAGCACUGGCACUGGAUGAAACUCGAGGGCACUUCAUACCUAGUGUCUGGGAUCAUGCGCGGACCAGACAUGAACACGGGCAAACCGCAGUCGAAGUCUGGUUUAAAGGGAGCCAUACUGAUGUAGGUGGAGGAUCUCCCUUGACAGAUGUCACACGCAGAAAUAUAGCAUCAAGAGCUAUUAGCAAGGGGUUCAACAUGAUUCGCCAAAGGUUUAACAGUCUUAUCAAGCGGCUUCAAUGGGUAAAGGACUCAGGUAGACAAAACGGUGACCCAAUCCCGGAGAAUGAACCACCAAACGACGAUACUCCAGCUCGUCUCCCGGAUAUGAGCUACAUAUCACUGCGCUGGAUGGUUCAUCAGAUAGUCUCGAUUCCUGAGCUCUUCAUAAUUUUCGAUCCUUAUUCUCUCAAUUGCUACCGUCGAGCACAGAUUCUAGACCGCCCUGCUGAAGGAGAUCAAGAGAAAGCUGAACAGGAUGUGACUUCCAAAAGACAUUCACUCGAUGACUUUGAUGCCCAGAAAGAUCCGUACGAGGCCACUGAGGGCUCGCCAUGGUGGUGGUUGCUAGAGAUACUACCCGUGCCCAAGUUAUCUCAACGGAACAAGAACCGCUCAGAAAUAGGGACUACUUAUCGACCAAAUAUUGGGGCUGGAAGAUGGAUUCACAAUUUUCCGGGUGACUCCAUUCGCCUUCAUUCCUCUGCGCAUCACCAGAAAUCAGCAAAGGCCUACACCCCAAAGGCCAAAUGGCAGGAAGAAUCGAUUGCAGUUAUCGAAGAUCCUCGAGGUUAA